UGCCCUGAAGGUUACACAAUGUGGCGUGAAAUCUGCAACAAGGCCUUCAACAAAAUGAAGACCUACAGCGAAGCGGCGGCAGCCUGUCGUGCAGACAGCGGCACCCUCGCCAUGCCCCGAGACGCCGAGACCAACGCCUUCCUGAUCUCCCUGCACAAGUCCGUGAGCGACGGUUGGCGCUUCUGGAUCGGCCUGCACGAUCAGCGCGAAGAGGGAAGGUUUGAGUGGGUGGACGGGUCUGCACUUGGAUCGUACAACUCCUGGGGUCUUGGAGAACCGAACAACUUUCUGGGCAAAGAAGAUUGCGUCUCUUACUCCUCAAUGUUAUCCCAGAAAGACAAGUGGAACGACGAAAACUGCCGCAUGCCAAAUCACUUUAUAUGCCAGGCUGCACCAGCAUCGUGUCCAAAAGGUUACAUAGUGUGGCGUGGAACCUGCUACAAGGCCUUCAAGAAAAUGAAGACCUUCAGCCAAGCGGCGGCAGCCUGUCGUGAAGACGGCGGCACCCUCGCCAUGCCCCGAGACGCUGGGACCGACGCCUUCCUCAUCUCCCUGCACAAGUCCGUGAGCGAUCACUGGAACUUCUGGAUCGGCCUGCACGAUCAGCGCGAAGAGGGAAGGUUUGAGUGGGUGGACGGGUCUCCACUUGGGUCGUACAGCUCCUGGGGUCCGGAAGAACCGAACAACUUUUUCGGAAUGCAAGAUUGCGUCUGUUACUCCGCAAUGCCACACGAAAAAGACAAGUGGGACGACCAACAAUGCUUCAUGCUGUAUUACUUCAUAUGCCAGGCUGCACCAGGUACUUCUUGUAUCCGCACUAUUUUAUGA